AUGCAAGCUCUCCGUGAUAAGCUCAAAGAUACCAAGCUCCACGAUGCCAAAAUUGAAGCCAUUCAUUUCAAGCACAAGAUUGGCAAACUCAAAAACCUCGUCAACAAGAACCAUCGCCAUGACGAGGCCCAUGAACAAGAGACGGACCGCAAGCGGACCGCCAUUUGCCAGUCUCACCGUUUUGAGUCCUACUUUCCCGAGCGCGACAACAACCGCAUCAAGUGGUAUGUCGACGGCCGUGACUACUUCUGGGCCGUCUCGGUUGGCCUUGAGAAUGCCAAGGAGACCAUUUACAUUGCCGACUGGUGGUUGUCGCCCGAACUCUUCUUGCGCCGCCCUCCCUUUUUCAACCAGGAAUGGCGUCUGGACCAAACCAUCAAGCGCGCCGCCGAGCGGGGCGUCCAAGUCUACGUGAUUGUCUACAAGGAGGUGCAGCAAGCCUUGACCUGCAAUUCCGCCCAUACGAAGCAUGCCUUGCGAGCGCUGUGCCCCGAGGGCAGUCCUGGCCACGGGAACAUCCACGUCCUGCGCCAUCCCGAUCACAACGUCUUUGAGAAUCUUGGCGAUAUGACCUUUUACUGGGCUCACCACGAGAAAUUUAUUGUUAUUGACUAUCACCUCGCAUUCAUCGGAGGCUUAGAUCUUUGCUAUGGGAGGUGGGAUGUCCGCCAGCAUCUCCUAGCUGACGUUCACCCUUCUGGAGUCGUCAAUGAAAUCUUCCCAGGACAAGACUUCAAUAAUAACCGAAUCAUGGACUUCCACACGGUGGAGGACUGGUCGAACAACGAACUCAAUAAGACCGACUACGGCAGAAUGCCAUGGCAUGACGUAGCAAUGGCUGUAAUUGGCGAGUCUGUACUAGACAUCGCCGAACAUUUUGUGCUAAGAUGGAACUUUGUCAAACGAGACAAAUACAAGCGAGAUGAGGGUGUCGACUAUCUGUGUAUGACCACUCGAGCUAGGGCCGAUGGCUCUAAUCCGGACGAAGACCUCAUUGCGAUCCAGAGACCAAAGCAUCCCGUGGGCAAGUACAUUGAACAUCCUUUCAGUCCGCUCGAGGGCAAGGGCCUUCAGAAUACUGGCAGUGUCCACGCCCAGGUCGUUCGCAGCAGCGACGACUGGAGCAGUGGCAUCCUGCUUGAUCACAGCAUUCAAACCGCGUAUGCAGAAGUGAUUGAAAGUGCCCAACACUACGUCUACAUUGAGAACCAAUUCUUCAUCACGGCCACCGGCGAGCAUCAAUCGCCCAUCCACAACAGAGUCGGCCGUGCCAUCGUCAAUGCCUGCGUCCGCGCUGCGACGGAAAACCGCAAAUUCAGGGUCAUCAUUCUCAUCCCCGCCAUUCCAGGCUUUGCAGGUGAUCUUCGUAGCGAUGCUGCCGUCGGUACAAGAGCGAUCAUGAACUAUCAGUACAAGAGCAUCAAUCGAGGGGAGCACUCGAUCUUUGGACAGAUCAAAGCCGCCGGCGUGGACCCAUCCAAGUACAUCUUCGUCUUCAACCUGCGCGCAUAUGACCGCAUCGACAAAACCCCGUCGCUCAUUCAACAAGAGAAGGAAUCUGGAGUGUCCUAUCAACAACUCCAACGUGCCGAAGCCGAAGAGAUUAUGGGCAGCGGCAUUCAUGGGUAUGAAGGCGAAAAGACGGAGAAGGAAUCCCGUGGUGCCGGGGCUCAGGUCAGCGAAGACGAACAACACGCCAUCAUCGACCGGAAGCGCCGAUUUGAGGCGGCGCGCCAGAAACUAGAUGUCAAAGACCCCGUCACUUCGGCCGAAUCAAUUGCCGAAGACGCCAUGGCUCGCGGCGGGCUCGUCAGUGAAGAACCAUGGGAAGGCGAACCCGAGACCGAGAAGGACAACUUUGUGCAAGAGGAACUCUACAUCCACGCAAAAUUGCUGAUUGCGGACGACAAGACAGUGAUUUGCGGAUCGAGCAACAUCAAUGAUCGCUCCCUUUUGGGGUCGCACGACUCGGAACUCUCCAUCGUCAUGACCGACACCAAAGUCCUUGAAUCGACCAUGGACGGCAAGCCUUACCAAGCAGGCUACCACGCCGCCUCACUACGCCGCCAUCUCUGGCGCGAACACAUGGGACUGAUCGAAGCGCAAUCCGUUGACGCCUCCAAGGACCCGAAUGCCCAGCCACCCACCGUAUGCAUGAACGAAGAAUACUCUGGGGAGGAGUGGGAGUUUGUCGCCGACCCCUUGUCCGAUGCUCUCUGGGAGAAAUGGACAACCCAAGCCACCGUCAACACUGACAUCUAUCGAUACCUAUUCCGCGCAGAUCCGGACAACCAUAUCAAAACAUGGAAGGAUUACGACGACUUUGCACCGCGCAAGACGAUCAAACAGGGCCAUUUGCACGAUCCCCAUAUGCCGGUGGAGCUUGUAAGGAAAGAACUGGACAAGGUUAGAGGACAUCUCGUUUGGAUGCCCCUGGAUUUCUUGUGCGAGGAGGAGAUGGCCGAGAGGGGCCUGCAAGUUAAUGCUUACACCGAGAGUGUAUACACUUGA